UCCAUUGUUUAUGCACAUUCGGAAACCCGGAGGCGGAAGGCACAGAGAAAAUGGGUCAAUGGUUAAGCCAGGAAAAGCGUCCCCCCAGUGAUGUUGUCAUCUUUCACCACCCAGGAAGGGGACCGUGGACGCCCAGUAUGAUACCAUUUGCUGUGAAAUUGGAGACAUACUUCAGAAUGACAAAAAUAUCAUAUCAGGGGAAGUAUGGACUGACGCCUUGUCCGGGUACAGGCAAAUUUCCAUGGAUCGAGUAUAAUGGCACCGUGCUUGGAGACUCCUCCAUGAUAAUCAAAUACCUCAACAAGAAGUUUGAUAUCGACCUUAACAAGGAUCUGACCCCUGAACAAAGGGCGAUUGCAAGAGCCAUGCAGAAGAUGAUAGAGGAACAUUUAUACUGGGUAGGGGUGAGCCUACGGUGGAAUCACUAUUUCGAUCUGUCUUUGAUGACCCGGGCGAUGGGAAUGCCCUAUAGGCUGGUCACGUGGUUUAUCAGCAGAAAAAUGACGAAGUAUGCCUGGGCUCAAGGCAUGGGAAGGCAUUCAUUGGAAGAGAUGCUGGAAAUAAUGCACGAUGAUCUGCAAGCAAUAUCGGAUUUUAUGGGCGACAAGCCCUUCCUAAUGGGCGAGAAAGCGACGGAAGUGGACUGUGCUGUUUUCGGUAUGCUGUCGCAGGUACGAUGGAAUAUGCCUGGUUUGGGAGAGGAAGGAGUCCGUCUUGUUGAAGGUGUUGUCUGCACCGCUGCAGUCGUAGACGUUGGUGACGUAAUGUGAACAAUUGCUGUCUGGCAAGACGUCUAGCACGUAUCCCGUGCGGUCGAAUCCAAUGGUCGUUACGUGGCGUGGUUACAGAUGGACUGCCUUUUCGGGGACUGUCUGCAACGUCAGCAUUUUGUUGGUAACGUCUACACAAGCGGCAUAUGGUGAUCCUGUGCACGUUAAACUGCCGUGCAACUUUGCGCUGUGGUGUUCAAGCAUUCCAAAGACACGCCAUCUGUCAUUUUCGGUUAGCCGUGGCAAGCAGAUCCUUCCAAAAGUGUGUUUUUUUCUAACCCAUCGACGUCUAAACAAUGAUUUGGGUGACAAUGAUUCCAGGUUUAGUGCCACACGUUUCAAAUUGCACGCUUUAUGCCUAUUUUCCACGGACUUCUUGAAAGAACGAAAUAUAAAAAGAAAUCUCAUUCCUAUAAACAAAUGUGUUGAUCACACGAACUUUUGCCUUUGAGUAUAUUAGGUUCAUCACAGCAGUAUCUCUUUCUCGCCGCCAAGUGACGCAAGUGCUAACAAUUCUUUGUUCAUUUAGUAGUUUAAGGAGUCGACGUAAAGUAAAGAAAAGAGAGAUUAAGUUGAACUAAAAAUCUCUUUGAGUGGCAUGUAUUAGUGAAACACAUAAAUGGAGAACAUUUAUGGAUGUUGACUUCUGGAUUAGGUCAUCCACCUGGUAACGAAUCUACGAGUAAGACUCUACCCACAAAAUACUUUUUCUCCUAAUACAGAAGUGGACAUCCAUAAAUUUCCCGCUUUAAGUUGACAGUCUGCAGUUUCAUCAUCAGACCCUUCAUUACCUCUGUUUGUCAUCACUU